GUAUAAUAUAUAAUAUAAAAGAAAUGGAGAGACUAAUUUUUUCCCCCAUAAAUGAAGGGGCUCAUUUUUAUUACAAUUUAUAUUCUUUAGUAACAUGAUUUGUUGGAGGAAUAAAUUCUGUUCAGUAAAGUAGUAGGCAACUAGAGAUUUAUUUUCCGAUCACAAUUCUUGUGAUACCUUGCUCUGCACAUUAAGAACAAGUUUAGAAGUUGGAAGGGAGUAUGAUGGAGGAAAAAGAAGUAGAUUAUUUACUCGUGCCUCUUGGGGUUGCGAUUUUCCUAUCAUACCAUGUCUGGCUUCUCACCAUCAUUUGUCGAAAUCCAAGAAGAACUGUCAUCGGAAUCAAUUCCGAGUCUCGCCGUCUCUGGGUCCUAUCCAUUAUGACCGAUCCAAUAAAGAAUGGAGUUUUGGCAGUUCAAACUAUACGGAACAACAUUAUGGCAUCUACACUUUUGGCAACAACUGCAAUUACGCUCAGCUCAAUCAUUAGUGUAUUUGUGAGCGGCAAAUCAAGCUAUACGCACUCUGAGCUACUGUUUGGGAAUAAAACAUCUAUGAUGUCUUCUAUAAAGUUUUUUACCAUCUUGCUUUGCUUUCUAGUUGCAUUUCUCUGCAAUGUUCAAUCUAUCAGGUACUACGCCCAUGUUAGCUUCUUAGCUACUGUCCCUACCUUCAAAGACAGAUCUGAUUCUAUUGAGUAUGUCGCAAGGAACUUGAACCGAGGGAGCAUGUUUUGGUCACUUGGACUACGAGCAUUUUAUUUGUCAUUUCCUCUCUUCCUUUGGAUAUUUGGUCCCAUACCGAUGUUUGUAGGUUGCUGUGUAAUGUCAAUCGUUCUAUACUUCUUGGAUACCACUACAAAUUUUACCAGGGAUCUCCACUACCAAUCUAUAAGAGAGAAAAGAAAGGAAACUGACGUGGAAUGCGUAAAUCAUCCACUUUAGAAGUUGUUAUGACAUAAAAAGUUCACUGAGGGUGUAUCCAGAGUCUAGCGUGUAUUACUUGUGUGAUUUAUUUGGAAGAUAGCUUGUUUCUUUGUGACUUAAGUUUCACCCUUUGGUUUCCAUAUAAAAUGUAUCUUCAAGA